UUUCGCUUGCCAUAUUCAUCAUGCAAAAAAAAGGAAGUUGAAAAAAAGAAGGUGUCUAAAACAAUGUACUACUCUUUUUUUUUCUUGGGGUUUUUUCCUUCGUAUUAUAUUGCACGGUUUUUCUUUCAGUCGCCCUGUUGCUUAUUGUUUUUCUCGGAGACUCUCACUAAGGACGCAUUUCAGCCCUUUUUAUUUUACGUUAUUGCCAUUACCAUUUUCUGAUUCAUCACCAUUGCACCUUCCUUGUGUUUUCCAACUUCUCGCAACGUGAAUUACUGAAAUGACCGAAACAUACAACAACACGCCUGUUAUCCGCUUACCAAAGAGCAAAUCCAGUUCGAUUCGUCCGGCCGCGCAGCCGUUUUAUCCCUUAUCGAUGUAUGAACCGGAUAGCAGUCUUGUUACGGAAACGUUGUAUUUUGAUCAACUGCCUGAUGGCAUUGCUAACGAAGAUAUCCGGUCGUUGUUGGGCUCUUGUCAACCGAUUGAGAUUCACAUUGGACCGAAGCGUGGUGAAGGAUUUUUGCGAUUUUCGAGUUCCAAAUUAGCCGAUAGGGCCUUCUCUCUUUAUAACGGAUUCACAUUUCUUGACGGAAAGAAGUUGCAGUUUCGGCUUUACCAUGAUGGUGCCUUUGAGCCCAAGCCUGAAGCGCCCAUUUUACAAGUGAAACAGUUGCCGGCGCAAAUGAAUAGUGAUGGUUUAUAUGAUCUAUUUCGUCCAUUUGGACCGUUGGCACUUUGUAAACCAAUAGUGGAAGGAGACGGCUUUCGAGGAACGGCGUUUAUUCAAUACUUUUAUCAAGAAGACUCUGAUAAAGCACAGCGGCAAUGGCACGACCAAACAUUGCAUGGGCAUACAAUCUACAUACAACCGUUUUCGCCUCGUGGUCCAAUGGAGCCAACCAACAAAACUUCAUUCUCUCCUCCGUCAUCAGUCAGCGACAAGACGGACAACACCUUUGUCGACUAUAUGAAUCUCUAUGUGAAGAAUCUGGACCCUGCCUUAACAAAUGCUGAUCUGUUCAAUCUGUUUCGCAACUUUGGCCGCAUCGUUUCGGCUCGAGUCAUGAGCAAUCCUGCUACGGGGCAAUCCAAAGGCUACGGCUUCGUCAGCUUUAGUAAGCCCGAAGAAGCUCAGGCAGCUUUGCGUGAAAUGAACAAUAAAAUGGUCAUUUCCAAACCGCUCAUCGUGGCCUUUCACGAACCCAAGAAACCUCGUCAGGACAGACAAGUCACGGCUUCUUCCCCUACUUAUCCUGCUUUCGCUACGCUUCGGCCUUCUCCACCCAGCACCACCACCAGUAAUAAUGCCACUUCCACUUUCGGUUCCCCGGACUAUGGUAUAACCAACCAUGGAGCACCUUAUUACCCUCAAGAUAUGAACAUGCCACUAGGUAUGAAUAAUAAUAACCCCAUGACCACGGAACCCAUGGAUCAGUUAGCAAUGCAGAUGCAUCUCAAAGAACUAGGGAUUGGACAGCAUCAUGCCCCACCACCACCGUCGGCACCACAACGAAAGUUAUCUUCAGGAGACCCUGCUGCUUUUCAAUCCAGCUAUCCCCGUAUCAUUCCAACGUAUUCUUCACCCAUGUCUACGUCCAUGUGGACAACCAGCGCUCCUUCUUUAGCAGCGCUUGCUUCGGGACUUACCGUUCAACCGCCUCCAGCCAACGGCCACACGUCUGAACGACCCUCCGAAUACAAAAAUAAUGUGAAUGGCCGACCUACUUUACGGCGCAAAAAUUCGCUCGAAUCCGUGAGCUCCGUUAUGACAGCCACCAGCGCUUCACUGCAACGUCAGAAAAUGACAGCCGCUGUACAACGCUGCGGUGACUAUGGAAAUCAUUUGUCGGAUAUUGUCGAUAUGCUUCUGACACUGAAACGCAUGGAACGGUCCCUGUGUCUAUUUAAUCGGGAUUUUCUGAUGGAAAAGAUUGAACUUGCUCUGGAAGCCUUGGAAGCUUUCAGCGAAGAUAGCGACAACGAAGAAGAAGUUCAAUUGCACAAAUCACCUCCCAGAUCACCUUUAAAAACAAACAAGCCUGCCGAGAUACCAACAUCACCUAAACAGCAGGAGCAACUAUCCCCCUUGCCAACCGUAUCAGCCGUAACCACACCAACAAUAUCCGCACCAGCCGCGGUACCAGCAGCCAGUUUCUUAACGCCCGAAAAUGAAGAAGCGGUCGCUGCCAUCAUUGCAUCGUUGGAGGGUAAAUUGGUCCAUGAGCAAAAGCAGCUCUUGGGCGAUCAUUUGUUCCCCUUGGUGAAGAGCACGGGCGUGAAACAAGCGCCAAAGAUCACCAUUCGCUUAUUGGACACCAUUGAUCUGAAGGAAUUGGCUCGUCUCAUGUUUGACAAGGCAGCAUUGAAAGACCGAGUCGAUGUCGCAUCCUGGGAAUUGAAAUAAUACCUUUGUGAAGUUACCCAUUCUUUUUCGGUUUGAUUACUUUUUCGGGGGGGAGAGGGGAAGAGGAGGCGGCGGUUUUUGUUUCGAUUGUUUUUAUUACU